AUGCAGCUCAAGCAAACUCCAACGAUGCAGAUGGUGACACGGUACAGGACGCAAACGCCGCCCGCGAGAAGAGGAAUGAGGCCGGCAACUGGCGCAAGACAGAGCGCCGAGAGGAAGGCGAAAGAGACGGGCAACAGAAAGGCAAGAACCGCUGCCGACAGGAACGCGCAGGCCGCCGCGGUUCCUACGGAGACGGUGACGAGGAACGAGGUGUACAGACACUCCACAGAUAUCGUCGUAGCUAGCCACGCAGGCAGCGUUGCGAAGCUGGAACGAAGUCUUGAAAAGAAUUCGCUCAAGGGAACCAGUGCAGUUGCUUCGAAGAACUUCUCUCUCCAGAAAAGGAAAAGACUGGGGGAAGUGUGGGGAAGAUCGAGCGAAACCCAGGCGUCACCGGACUUUGCGGACGAGGCCGAGGCGUCAACCAGGAGCGGCGAAUCGAAGGAAGAGAGACUGGAGAGGAAAGGAGAGCUCCUCCAGUUGAAGAGCGCGACGCCCGCUCCAAGAGAAAGACCCAGAAGAAGGAACCCCAGGGGGUUCACAGCGAAGAACCGAAACACACUGGCAAGAGAGUGAGAAGCUCGGCAGCGCCGCGAAACACCGGGAACCGCAAUCGGAGCAAAAAUGUCAAAUGGGCGCAAUUCCGUUUGAUUUCCGUGCGCCUCAGAACCUCCUCGCCUGUCGCGGGUGGACCCAAACCGUCCAGAGAGAUCGGGAGUGCAUGCGUCUCGUUGUCGAAGCCAAAGCUGACAAGGGUACAUGCGUUUCGAAGAAACUGCGCACUGAACCGAACAGGGAAACGACGGGAGGGCGACGCUCCAGGCGGCUGCGCUUUCGCUGAGGCAGGGGAGCGAUGAGUCCCUGUUGACGCGGGACUCUGAGGGAGGGUCUGAAAGUCGAGAAGGCCGUCGUAAGCGGCGGGAGGCACCGGGUGAUACGGAGCGAAUUGAGGAAGAUGGAGAAAGAGAAAUGCCGGAAAAUAAAGAAAAAGAUGAUGAAGGAGACACACAAGACGCCGAAGAGAGAGGCGAAGGCCGCAACUCGCCGAGAGACAGGACGCGCUCUAGGCCUGCCAUAGGCGUCGCAUCGAGGAACGGUCCAUGAGUUGGGCGCAAAUAGAAAUAAAAACUCGACACUAAAACCUGUUCCCCAGUCAAAGAGAAAAUCUUCGUCGUUGCGGAGCGUCGUUCUCGAAUGGCGAAAUUCAGCGCGCGGUCGGUGCGCGGAUUCGCGGCGUCAGCGGGGCUCGGACGCCCGCGAGAACGGGAGCGGGUGGGGAUACCUCGCAGUCGGAAGCGGAUCGCCGCAAGAAAAGUGGAUUUUUGAAGAGAAAUGUCUUUCUCUCUUCUCUGAAAAAGUGAUCACGAGUCAAUUGACCCCUGCUUUCACACAACAUCUGACAAGUGACCCCGACGGAAAAGGGCGACGGCAGCAUCGACGGCAUUGCCGAGGUCGCUCUUUCUCCAGGUGACCCUCCAACGCAUCAGCGUUUUGGGGUAGACGUGCUGGGAAACCGGAGGGAAAACGAUUCCACUUUAAAAAAUUGAAAGGAGGUAUCAAAACAGCCGAGACGAAACGUAUUUCAGGACGGCUCCAACAAAGAAAUCCCAGACUGCCCAGAUGUC